AUGCCAACAACAAAUUCAUACUCAGCAGUUUCAUCAAAUUAUCUUCCUAAUAUUAAUAUUCCACCUCUUCGACCAUUAUAUUUAACACCAAAUAUUCCACCACCAAAAGUUCAACAAAAUUAUCAAAAUUUAAUUCGACAAAUUCCAAGAAAACCAUCUUUAUACGGGGCAGGUCAACGUAAGUACAAUUCUUAUAAAAAAUUUCAAAUAGGUACAACAACAACAUUUAAUGGAUAUACCAAUAUUACCGGCAUUCCACCAACACCAGCACCUCGUCGUCGUAAUUUUCCACCAUCAACACGAAAUUUAACACCACCACCAUCUCAUUAUAAUCAUCAUCAACAUUAUUAUCCACGUAAUUAUAAUCGCCAUCAUAAUUAUCAUUCCAAUAAUAAUAAUAAUAUUAAUAAUUUACCAACAUUAAUGUCAUUAAAUCCAUAUCAUAUGCCAUCUCGCCAUCAUACACGUUCAUUACACCAGGCCCAACAAUUUCAUCCUAAUCAACAUCAUCCACGUUCAAUAUCACGAUCUCGAUUCCACCUACUUUCACAACUUCCAUCUCAAUCACGUUCACGUUCACGUUCAUUUCAUCGUCGGCCAACACCACCACCAAUAAAACCACGACAUAUUCAUCAACAACAGAAACAACAUAAUUUUCAUCAGCGCCAUCAUCAACAUCAUCAUAAUUCUCAUCAUAAUUCUCAUCAUAAUUCUCAUCAUAAUUUUAAUCGAUCACCAUCACCAUCACCAUCAUAUAACAUCUACAACAAUAACAACAAUAUUAAUAAUAAUAAUUAUAAUAAUAUUAGAAGAACAUUUAAAGGAAUUAUUUUAUCCGAUUCUAUGUGCUCCCGACUUAGAACAUAUGCUAUUAAAAAAUUACCCUUAUAUGAUGUAGAAUUAAGUUAUGAAUCAGGUUGUGAUAUUUAUAAUAUGAUACAAUGGUUAAACACACCUGAAGGUCGUGGUCAGCGUCGUCGUCGUCCACCAACACCAGCUCCACGAACAACAGCAACAACAACAUUACAAUUAAAUAAUAAUUAUUAUAAUGAUUUAAUUUUACAACAACAACAACAACAACAACCAUAUCAACGUCAACAACAACAAUAUAGAACAAGGCAAGUAACAACUUCUUCGAAUAAUAUUAAUAGUACUCAGCCAUUCUCAGUUACACCAGAUAGAGCAGUAGCACAAGUAAAUAGAAAUAAUAGAACACAUCCUAAUUUUCCAUCGAGAUCUUUAAUUAAAUAUUAUCCACAUAAGUUAAGGACUAAAGAACAAUUUUUUAGAGAUAAUGAACCACCUAAAGAAUUAGAAAAAGAAAAAGAAAAAUUAUUUAUAAUAGCAAAUAUUUAUUAUCAACAGAGACAUUUUGAAGAAGAAAGUAGAAAAUGGAAGAUAUAUGAACAGGUAGCUAGUAGUAAAGAACAAGAUCUAGAUAAGGACGGGGACGAUGUAAGAAUGAGAGAUAUUGAAGAAAUUCCACAAGCAAGACCUUUUUCAGAAAGAUAUUCGAAGAUAUUAAAUAUGACAGUUAGUGAUACAGAUAGUCAGAGUAAUAACAAUAGUAAUGUAGAGGAUAAGGAUAAGGAUAAGGAAGAGUAUAGUGAUAGUAACACCAAUAAUACAUCAAAUAGUGAGAAUAGUGAUACUGAAGAAGAAGAUAAUAGAAAAAGAAAAUUACAAGAUACAAGUCUUUCACCAACAUCGAAAGGAAAAAUAUUAGAAAAAGAAAACAUCCUUAGAAAGAAAAAAACAAGAUCAAAAAAGAAAAAGAAAGUUGCUAUUGAGAAUGAUCCACGUGCACCAGAGGGAAGUCCGAUUUUAUUAGUCAGUGAGAAUAGUAAUAAAGAAAAGACAAAUCAGA